AUGUCAGCGUCUCCCGCCCUCGCUGACCUCUCUCGUCUCUAUCAGACUGAGUUUGUCCGCAGCGCUCGGGCGGUCGGUGUCCUCUGGGCCGUCUGCACACUCUGCUUCGCCAUCAUCCAGGUGGUCGUCCUGGUGCAGCCGUCCUGGAUGGGCACUGCCGAUACCCGCCACCUGGGGGCAGGACCGGCGCCACCCAGCGGCACCCUGGGACUGUUUGAGGUGUGUCUGGAGUCGGACUGGCCCGUCCCUGACUGUCGUGGUGGUCUGUCCAGUCUGUCCCCGCUGCCGUCCUUCCAGUCUGUGGCGGUGUUGGUGGGCGUGUCUCUGUGGGCAGUGUGGACCAGCGUCCUCUGUCUCUGCCUCUUCAGGUUCUGCAGCGCUGCCACCGUCUACAAGAUCUGUGCCUGGCUGCAGCUCACCGCAGGUUUCUGUCUGGCGUUGGCUUGUCUUCUGUUUCCAGACUCAUGGGAGAGUCCAGAGAUGAGAGCUCUGUGUGGAGACUCGGUGGGCAGUUUCUCUGCAGGUAACUGUUCGGUCCACUGGGCUUACAUCCUUGCCAUCCUGGGCGUGUUGGAUGCUGCUAUCUUGGCCACGCUGGCCUUCGUCCUCGCCAACAGACAGGACGCUCUGCUGCCACCAGACGCCAAGGAUGUGACCACAGGUCUGCUGAUGUCAGCGUAG